GCUACCUUUCUUUUUUGGCGGAGGGCGGCCAUUGGUUUCUUCUCUCCAACAUCGUGUGGCGGGUGUUUUUCUAGAUGCUACUCCUUUUUGCUUGCCCUAGAAGACGGCAUUUCAUCGCCAGGGCUUUGAUGCGUUGUGGAUGAUCGGCGCCGGGCGAGUGGAGCGAGGCGCUGGCUUGUAGCGGACCUAGCAGCUCAUAUUUCGGGAUCUCGUGGUGCCGCGCCCGGAAUCCGUCGCUCCUCCGAGCCUUGUGUGAUGCGUUGGCGCACUGGCUUGACCCCAGCAUUCAAUGUGUCAGAAUCUUAAAAAAUGGAAGAGGAGCUUAAGAACUUUGAGGAGCAUGUAAUGCCUGGAGAUCUUUUCCGUUCCCCGGUGAUCAUCGCCAUCGUUGUUGCGGUGCUGAUUCCUCUCGUUGCGACGAUCUUUUCGUACAACAAAAAGCCGAAGUUGCGCAGUGUGGAAGUGAAAGUCGGGGGUGAAGCUGGCCACACUCGCCGGAAUCACAGGUUUUUGAGUUUGAUCGAGACGCCGUGGGAAGGAGCAAACACACUUGCAGCACUCUUUGAGCAGGCUUGCUCUAAGUACCCAAAGAGGCCGCUGCUGGGAUCCAGAACUUUGAUCAAGUCCGAGACUGAAGUUAGCAAAGACGGCAAGAAAUUCGAGAAAGUGACUUUUGGGGAUUAUGUCUGGAUCACUUUCGAUCAAGCUUUUCAACGAGCACAGAACAUUGCAUCAGGGCUGGUGGCGCUUGGACAUGACAAAGAAGAAAAGAUUGCAAUCUUUGCGGAAACUCGACCCGAGUGGCUCAUUGCGCUGCAGGCCUGCUUCCGGCAAAAUUUUACUGUUGUCACAAUAUACGCAUCACUGGGUGAGGAGGCCCUUGCUCACUCGCUCAAUGAGACAGAGGCGACGACUGUGAUCUGCGACGUCAAGCAGCUGCAAAAAAUAAUUGGGAUGAGCAGCCACUUGAAGACUGUAAAGCGUGUCGUGUGCAUGGAUGAGGAAAACCAGCGCUUGGACACAAAUCUUCCCGGGAACACGAACUGGAAUGUGUCAUCUUUUUCACAGCUGGAGAAAUUGGGACGUGACACGCCAAGCGAGCCUCGUUUGCCGGCACCUGAGGAUCUUGCUGUUAUCAUGUAUACGAGCGGCAGUACGGGUAUGCCCAAGGGUGUGAUGAUUUCGCAUGCAAAUAUCGUGUCAACUGUUGCUGGUGUUAUGACUGCUGUACCGGAACUCAAUCACAAUGAUGUCUACAUUGCUUAUCUCCCACUUGCCCACAUUUUGGAACUCGCUGCGGAAGUGACCAUGCUGGCGGUUGGAGCUUCCAUUGGUUAUGGCUCACCGCUGACGUUAACCGAUAUAUCUAACAAGAUAAAGAAGGGAACAAAGGGUGAUGUAAGCGUGUUAAGGCCGACGCUGAUGACUGCAGUCCCUGCAAUUCUUGAUCGUAUCCGAGAUGGAGUCAGAAAAACGGUUGAUGCAAAGGGCGGUGCUGCCAAAAAGCUUUUCGACCUUGCCUAUCGACGACGCCUGGCAGCUAUUGAAGGCAGCUGGUUUGGUGCGUGGGGAUUGGAAAAGCUUUUCUGGGAUGCUCUGGUGUUCAAGAAGAUUCGCGGUGUACUUGGUGGAAGAGUUCGCGGAUUGUUAUCAGGUGGUGCCCCUCUCUCUGCCGAUACUCAACGGUUUAUAAAUAUUUGUUUCGGGAUACCAAUUGGACAGGGUUAUGGUCUUACGGAGACCUGUGCCGGUGCAACAUUUUCUGAAUGGGAUGAUAUUAGCGUUGGCCGUGUCGGCCCACCAGUCCCACAUUGCUAUAUCAAGCUCGUGAACUGGUCGUCUGGAGGAUACUUGGUGACUGAUAAACCCAUGCCUAGAGGAGAAAUUGUCAUUGGCGGCCCCAGUGUUACAUUGGGAUACUUCAAGAACCAGGGGAAGACGGAUGAAGAUUACAAGGUUGACGAGAGGGGCAUGAGAUGGUUCUACACUGGUGACAUUGGACAGUUCCAUCCCGAUGGUUGCCUGGAAAUUGUAGACCGGAAGAAGGACAUUGUUAAGCUUCAACAUGGCGAAUACGUAUCGCUGGGCAAGGUCGAGGCAGCAUUAUCGGUUAGCCCGAUGGUGGACAGCAUCAUGGUGCAUGCUGAUCCUUUCCACAGCUACUGCGUUGCGCUGGUUGUACCAUCGCAGAGUUAUCUGGAGAAGUGGGCGAAGCAGUCGAACGUGCAGUAUGGGAACUUCGGGGAGCUGUGCAAGAAGAAAGAGGCGGAGAAGCAGAUACUCCAAUCCAUGGCGCAGGUGGGCAAGGAAGCGAAGUUGGAGAGGGUUGAGAUUCCAGCGAAAGUGAAGCUGCUGCCAGAGGCGUGGACGCCCGAGACCGGCCUCGUCACGGCCGCGUUGAAGCUCAAGCGGGAGAACAUCCGGAAAACGUUCGCCGAUGAGCUCAAGCAGCUAUACGAGUAAACAACUGACGUAUGUCUUCCUUCCUUUCUCUUCUUUACAAUUAAACGAUGAGUCCCAUUAAAAUUCGA